CUGAGCAAGAGGGAGACACGAAACUGGAGAGAGUCAGAGAGAUGUGUGAAAGAAAAUGUAGUGGCUGCUCGUAGUUGCGGGGAUGUAGUUUUGAUAAAAAUAUAGCGUUAUUGACAUAAUUAUCAAUACAUAAGAAGUGAAUUUAUAGUGUCUAGCAUUUCACCAAUAUAUUUACAGCAAGUGUCCCUCUUUAUAUUAAUAUUUUGGUUGAUUUUCUAAUACGCUUGGCCCGGGUUAUUGACGUUUCAAUAGAGGUAUCUACUUGGAAAAUUAAGCUUCCGAAUGCUGUUUGUGUACAAUAUAUGUGGGCGUGUGAGAAGUCAAUAAGAAAAUCGGAUACCGAAGAAUUAUACAUUAAGUUGUGAUUGAUUUCAGUUCAUUAAUAUAAAGUGAAUUUAGUGUUUCUGAUGUGGCAAACCGGAUUACCUCACGGCGGUGAAAAUGUGACGCUGUUAUAAUUUAAGAUGGGCGAACGCGUGCGGCGAGCGGGCGGCGCGCCGGCGUCGGGUGACACGGCGCUUGCAUCCAACGAGCACCCUGUUGAUCGAUUGGAUUAAAACGGGCGUAUCCGGCUAGCAUGGAGGACUGCAGGAAGAGACACCAGGCAGGCACUAAAGUUUCGAAAAUUGCGCACAUCUUUCAAGGUAUGCCGUCGAGGGACGAGGAAGAUAUGCGCGGCGCCGAGAUGACGGUUGUCCGGACCGAGAGCCACCUGUCGCGGUUCAACACCGCGCGAGCUCUUUUUGAAAAACUUGGCGAAGAGAACCGCGGCUUCCGUAUCGAGAAGUCUCCGUCGGCUGCAGCCAGUUUUGCCGGCACGCGCAGCGGAGCGCCAUCAGUGCCCUCGCGCUCGCGCUCUAGCUCCGCGGGCUCCGUCAGCCCGCCGCGGCGCACCAUCACGCCUUCGCCCGGCGCGCCUCCUGCCCUCAACGGCGACCGCCUCGCCAACGGUUCCUCGCAGCCCGUGCCUCCGCCGAAACCGGCCAAGCCCAGCGUUUUGCCAAAACCAGAGAAACCUGACAGGCGCUUCAAUAAGGAACUUAUAGAGAAACAAAGAAACUGGACUUCUCAUUUUAGCAAACCGCGUCCGUCGUCGCGGUACGAAACACAUGAACCUAGUGCGCGAGUGGACUCUAAAUAUCCUAGUGGUGUACCGGAAACAAAGUCACCGGAAGUGGCGGAAAGAAGUGUUAUUCCCUCUCGUGUAUACUCGCCCCCGCUAUCGCCAUGCGCCGGGGACUCUCAAGUGGAGCGUCCCACGACUCUCCCUUCUAGUUUAGUUCAUAGAGGUGCGUCAGGUGUGAAAUCUCCUAGUCCUGUGAAAACGAUUGCGCCCGUGUCGCCAUCUACUAGAUCCAAUAAUAUAACGUCUCCCACCUUUAAAUCAGAUUUAAGAAGUGAUAAUUUAAGUUCUUCCUCUAAAGAAAGUGUUGACGCCGGUUCUCAGCAAAUAGGUUCAGCUGAAAUUGUUUAUCCUAAAACUCGGUCAACGCGAACUUCAGUUUCUGCCAGUGAUGAGGCUAUCGCGGAGAAGGAUUCCGCAUCAGACAGAAGUCCUAGUUUACAAUCAUCCGAUUCAUCAUCGAGGUCCGCCGAGAGAUCGUCCCACUCGCCUUCGAAAUCGGCAGAUAGAUCAUCCCAUUCACCCGUGUCUCCGUCUGCAAGCCCUGCGGCGGCUGCCCCGGCUUAUUCUCCUAGGUAUCCUAAAUCGCCCCCUUCACCACCCAUUCGAUCUCCGAAAUCACCCCCUCCAGUGCCACACGAAAAUGCUAAAAUCACAGCGAGUGACCUAAUAGAAAACCGAGUUUCCGAAGAGACAGAAGAAUUAAGGCAGGAAGAUAGAACUGACGGAGAAGUUCCUGAUAUAUUAUCACGGGCUCCGCCUUUGCCGAGCCCUAGAUUACCGGUUUCGCCUCCACCUCAAGAAGACGAUGAAAAGUUAAAGUACGAAAGAGAUUCGACCGCUCCGCAAAGUCCGGAACCUUACGAUAGUGUAGUAGAUUCACCAAAGUUACUUGAUAAAAGCUUGGACGAUGAUGGUUACGAGCACAUAGAGUUCGUCGAGGAGCGGGACGAGAAGAGCAGGCGGUCGUCGACGCCGGAGUCGCCGGCGGGCGCGGCGCCCGCGGCCGCGCCGCGCUCCCCGCUGGCGUCGCCGCUCGCCUCGCCGGUGCAGCGGGACGACUCCUCGCCCACUGUCUUGUCUUCACCCGUACCCCCGGUCGGAGAUCGCAAGUCAUCGGAGGCGGAGGAAGGCGUGCGGCGCGGCGGCUCGCGCGCGUCCAGCGUGUCGGACGAGGGCGGCUUCAACGAGCCCUCGCCCGAGGUGGUGGCGCGCCUGCGCCCCGCCGACUACCGCGAGCCGCCCGCGCCCGCGCCCGCGCCGCUCACGCGCGACCACCGCGACGCCGAGCGCGCGCGCUCCGACCCCGACACGCUGUCCGUGUUGCAGCAGGACUCGGGAGUAGUAGUGAGUGAAGCUAGUCAAGGCUCCAUAGAGGUGCUCGAUAAAUCGACCACCAGCCAAUGGAGCGUAUCCGAAGCGGAGCCGUCGGGUGACCGAGUGGCCGAGACGGGCGCGGAGGCGGACGCCCGCUGGGACGACCCGGACGCGGGCAAGCAGCCCGACAGCAUGACACCCGAUGAGGCUGAGAUCUUGCUUAGCUCUAGUAUUCUGGAGAAAAAACUUAGGCAAGAAGCCCUGCUGUCGGACGAGCAGGCUCAGGAGAUUGUGGCGAUGCUGUCGCCGCACCCGCCGCAGGACAACGGCGUCUCGCUCAACGACAGCUACCAGUCCGUGCUCUCGUACGAGAGCAUGCAGUCAGUGGACGAGAGCUACGAAUUCGUGUCACUCGAAGGCGAGGCAGCCUUAGCCGGUGGCGAUCGCAAGACCUCCCCACCGGAACCUACUGUGUUCGACCAUUACCCUCCUCAAUCUCUCCGGGAACUAGGCGAGGAAAACGGCAUACACUACUUCGAAGACGGACACUUUUAUACCGAGGUGGCUGGUCUUCCGCCUAUCGAAGAAGAUGAGGACGAUGAAUAUUACACACCGCCUGUAUUCGUUAAGAUGAAUAGAAAAGUUAAAUUCAGUACGAACCCAAUGCAAGUGUUCUCCACGCACUCUGUCCGCGAGUACGACCGCCGCAACGAGGACGUGGACCCGGUAGCCGCGUCCGCAGAGUAUGAACUCGAGAAGCGGGUUGAGAAGAUGCACGUGUUCCCGGUCGACCUGCUGAAGGGCGCUGAUGGGCUGGGCCUCUCAAUCAUUGGAAUGGGUGUCGGCGCCGAUGCGGGCUUAGAAAAAUUGGGCAUAUUCGUUAAAACUAUCACUGAGAGCGGAGCCGCCGCGCGCGACGGACGCAUACAGGUCAACGACCAGAUCAUCGAGGUCGACGGCAAGAGUCUGGUAGGUGUGACACAAGCCUACGCCGCGUCAGUGCUACGGAAUACGUCCGGACCAGUGAAGUUCCUCAUCGGCCGCGAGAAGGACCCUGAAAACAGCGAAGUGGCCCAUCUCAUCCGGCAAUCUUUGGCAGCCGAUAAAGAGAGAGAGGACAGAGCGGUGCGCGAGCGCGCGCGGCGCGCCGCGGCCGAGGGCUCGCCGGCCGAGGCGCCCCCCGCGCCCGCGCCCGCCGCCGAGCCCGCGCCCUCGCGCAUCCCCGAGGUCACCGAGCUGCGCGCGCUGCUGCACGAGGUGGUCGGUAUGGAGGCGGGCGGCGCACCGGCGGCAGAAGUGGUGUCGCGCGUGCGCGAGUGGUGCGCGGCGCGGGCGCCCGACGACGCGCUGCGGGACGACCUCGCGCUCGCCGCCGACACCGCGCAGCGCGCCCAACGCAAAUACGAUAAGGCCCGUCGAGCGUUGCGAGAAUGGCGCCGCACACGCGCCAUGGUUCGCGCGCGCGAAGAAUGGUGGAGCAGCAACGCGCGCGAUGCGCACCGCGAAUACUCAUGCGCGCUGUCCGCGCUGCACGAGCGCGUGGCGCGGCUCGAGGUGCUGCUGCUGGAAACGCAGAAGAAAGCCGGUCUACCGGUGAUGUUGCCGCACGAACCCUCCGCUCGCCGCGAGACGCCGCCGCUACCACGCCGUCCCGACCCAGACCCUCUGCUCAUCAACGAUCCCUGGAGCUCCGAUAGCGACCUGUCCGAUUUGUCACCCAUAGAAGACGAGUACGCCAAAGUAGACAAGUCUGCGCGACGGGAGCGCGAGGCGCGCGAGCGGGAAGCGCCGGACAUCGGUGACGUCACCGUGACAGAACCUGAGGCUAAGGUCGUGGACGCUCGACCAGUAAACAGCGUGGCGCCUUCCGUCAGCCGCCAGUGUCAGCACCCGUGCCGAUCUACGCCACGCCGCCGCACACGCCGCACAUGACGCCGCCCGCGCACCAGGCACCGCCUGUUACCACCGCAGACACCACCGCUCCCACACCCGUUGCAACGGUAGCAGCGUCCGCAGUUGGCGCAUCACGCGAGCUAGACGCGGCCGUGCCACGCUCCGGGCCGUUAUUGGACACAUCAGCACACCGGGCUCGCACAGAUCUGGCGCGCCACCGCCACC